AUGCCAAAUCGGGAACUCUCUUAUGGACACAGUAAUGUCCUGUUCCUGAAGGCGCAUGCUUUCCAAAAACAAUCCAAUGCACUGUCUUUGCCAGCAUCAGGAAUGGCAGGAGAAGCAGCAGCUCAAGAAGAACCUGACUGCCUUACAAAAUAUUUCAGUGUGGUGUGGUGUAAGGCAUCAAACAAAAAGCACAAGAAGUGGGAAGGUGAUGCUGUCCUUAUUACCAAAGGAAAGUCUGUAAUACUGAAGGAUAUGGAGGGCAAAGACAUUGGAAAAGGUACUGGAUAUAAAUCUAAAGAGCUGGAAGAUCUUGAUGAAGGUCAGACACUGAGGAUUGGAGGAAAAGAAAUUGAAGUGUUGGGUGUAAUUUCAGCACAAGACUUCAACAGUGGCAGAUGUUUUCAGACUGGAAUAGAGACUCGUAACACAAUUCCAACAGCUUUAUCCCAAGCUACUACAAAACCAUUCUGUAAUCCAUUCAAAAGACUCUGUCAGCCCAAUACUGAAGACAAUAUGCUCAAAGAUUUUCAAAGCUGCAAACCUCGCCAUGAUCCAAAUGCUUCAAAUUCUUUAGUUAUGCCAAGACCAAAUGCAAAUCUUCAGUGGAUGUUCAAUAAGGCUGGUUUACCUGUGGUGGAUGUAGUUGUGGAUCCCUACAUUGCAAAUAAUCUCCGACCACAUCAGAAAGAAGGAGUUAUAUUUCUGUAUGAAUGUGUAAUGGGAAUGAGAGUUAGUGGCAGAUUUGGAGCUAUUCUUGCUGAUGAAAUGGGUUUAGGAAAAACAUUGCAAUGCAUUUCGCUUGUCUGGACUCUUCUACGUCAAGGGGUCUAUGGAUGCAAACCUAUAGUAAAGCGAGCGCUAAUUGUCACUCCUGGGAGUCUGGUAAAAAACUGGAAAAAAGAAUUUCAGAAAUGGCUGGGAAGUGAAAGGAUCAAAGUCUUUACAGUUGAUCAGGAUCACAAAGUAGAAGAAUUCAUCAGUUCUCCGCUUUAUUCAGUUAUGAUAAUCAGUUACGAGAUGCUACUGCGCUCGUUGGAUCAAAUUCAGGCUACAGAAUUUAACCUCCUAAUCUGUGAUGAAGGACAUCGUCUGAAAAAUAGCUCUAUUAAGACCACUACAGCCCUCAACAGUCUGUCUUGCGAGAGGCGAAUCGUCCUUACUGGCACUCCAAUCCAAAAUGACUUGCAAGAAUUUUAUGCAUUAAUAGAGUUUGUAAAUCCGGGAAUACUUGGUUCUUUAUCGACAUACAGAAAGAUAUAUGAGAAGCCUAUUGUCAGGUCCAGAGAGCCUUCAGCCACAGAGGAAGAAAAGGCAUUGGGAGAAACACGAGCAGCAGAACUCACACGCCUAACUGGACUGUUUAUCCUUAGGAGGACGCAGGAGGUUAUAAACAAAUUUCUCCCCACGAAAAAGGAGAGCAUAAUCUUCUGCCGACCAACAGUGCUGCAACUGGAAUUGUAUCGAAAACUGCUUAAUUCUCGAGUUAUUAGGUCCUGUCUACAAGGCAGGCUAGAAAAUAGCCCUCAUCUAGUAUGUAUAGGAGCUUUGAAAAAACUUUGCAAUCAUCCUUGUCUUCUCUUCAAAGCCAUGAAGGAGAAACAAUGUGAUUCUUCGUGUGAGAAACGUGCUGAAUCCAGUCUCUAUGAAGGUUUAACAGAUGCCUUUCCACAGGAUUUUACUGCUGACACUUUCUCUGAAACUUACUCGGGAAAACUGCAGGUGCUGGUGAAGCUCUUAGCAGCAAUCCAUGAACUCGGCUCUUCGGAAAGAGUUGUGCUGGUCUCCAAUUACACUCAGACACUGAAUAUAUUACAAGAGACCUGCAAACAUUAUGGAUACUCUUAUACUAGACUUGAUGGACAAACUCCUGUCUCCCAGAGGCAACAGAUUGUUGAUAGUUUUAAUAAUAAAUUCAGCCCAGCAUUUGUGUUUUUGCUGAGUUCAAAGGCUGGUGGGGUAGGACUGAAUCUCAUUGGAGCAUCUCAUUUGAUCCUGUAUGAUAUCGACUGGAAUCCAGCUACAGACAUUCAGGCAAUGGCCAGGGUGUGGAGAGAUGGUCAGAAACAUGCUGUGUGCAUCUACAGACUGCUAACCACAGGCUCAAUAGAAGAGAAGAUUUAUCAAAGACAGAUCAGCAAGCAAGACCUUUCUGAUGCUGUUGUAGACCUUUCCAAGACAUCUGAACACAUCCACUUUUCCAUUGAGGAGCUUAGAAAUCUCUUUACACUUCAUGAAGAUUCCAGCUGUGUUACCCAUGACUUGCUUGAGUGCUAUUGUAUGGGAAAGAAAGACUAUCAAAAUCCUUCCUCAGAAAAGCCUACUGUGUUGAGAGGUUGCCAGCUUGGACAAAAUCAUGGGAAGACUAAUUCAAAGAAACCACUCUCUAUGUCACAGUUGAUGCAAUGGAAGCAUUUCUCUGGGCAGUAUCAGAUUCUAGAUGAUCCUUUCCUUGAAAGGAUAAAAGAGAAUGUUUCCUUCAUUUUCCAGAAUGUAACUAGUCCAACUUCUACCUAA